CUAUUGCUAUUGACUAUAAUCGAACGCUUUGCAGUGGGGAAUUGGGCAAUCGGGGAACAGCCCGCCUACGCUACCGUCGUCGGCACAAGGUGGUUUGCUUUGUACAUUCUACUUCGCAACCUUCAACAAGCCUAUCUUCUCUCUCCGACCUCCCAAUUCUGAAAGAAGCCCUAGCAGUAGAGGACGAUGGAAGAACCCCGCAAUGGCAAUGUCGAUUCGGCAUCAGCAAUUCCAGAGACCGAGGAAGAAGCGGCCAUCGGUCCCGGUCCUGCUCCUCGCUCGCGACUCAAACGCCCGCUCCAGUUUGAGCAGGCCUAUCUGGAUACCAUCCCCUCUGCUAACAUGUACGAGAAGAGUUACAUGCACCGUGAUGUGGUUACUCAUGUUGCUGUGUCUUCUGCAGACUUUUUUAUAACUGGGAGUGUUGAUGGGCAUUUGAAGUUUUGGAAGAAAAAGCCUAUUGGUAUUGAGUUUGCCAAGCACUUCAGAUCUCAUCUUGGUCCUAUUGAAGGCAUAGCUGUUAGCGUUGAUGGUUUGCUUUGCUGUACAAUAUCAAAUGAUCAUUCUGUUAAGAUAUAUGAUGUUGUUAAUUAUGAUAUGAUGGUCAUGAUACGGCUUCCUUUUAUUCCUGGCGCUACUGAAUGGGUCUAUAAACAAGGAGAUGUCAAGGCCAGGCUGGCUAUCAGUGAUCGGAACUCAACGUUUGUGCACAUAUAUGAUGCACGAUCUGGUUCAAAUGAGCCUAUUGCUUCUCGAGAGAUACACUUGGGGCCAGUAAAGGUUAUGAAGUACAAUCACGUAUUUGAUGCAGUUAUAUCUGCUGAUGCCAAGGGAAUUAUUGAAUACUGGACUCCAGACACACUCCAGUUUCCAGAAAAUGAUGUCAACUUCAAAUUCAAAAGUGACACCAAUCUUUUCGAAAUUGUGAAAUGCAAAACAACUGUUUCUGUUAUAGAGGUCAGCCCAGAUGGUAAACAGUUUUCAGUUACAUCACCUGAUCGGAAAAUACGUGUAUUUUGGUACCGCACGGGUAAACUAAGGCGAGUUUAUGAUGAAUCUCUAGAGUUUGCCCAAGAUCUGCAAAGAAGUGAUGCACCGUUAUACCGAUUGGAAGCAAUUGAUUUUGGGAGGAGAAUGGCCGUUGAGAAGGAAAUGGAGAAGGCAGAAAGUGCUCCAGAACCAAACGCUGUAUUUGAUGAGAGCUCUAAUUUUCUUAUUUAUGCGACUCUUCUUGGAAUAAAAGUAGUAAACUUGCACACCAACAAAGUUGCUCGGAUCCUAGGGAAGGUGGAGAACAAUGACAGGUUCUUGAGAAUUGCCUUGUACCAGGGUGACAAAAGCAGUAAAAAGGUUAGAAAAAUCCCCUCUGCUGCUGCAAAUGCUAAUGAGAGCAAGGAGCCUUUGACAGAUCCCACUCUGUUAUGUUGUGCUUUCAAGAAACAUCGAAUAUAUUUGUUCAGUCGAAGAGAGCCAGAGGAACCGGAAGAUGCAACAAAGGGAAGAGAUGUAUUUAAUGAAAAACCUCCUGCUGAUGAAUUGUUGGCGGUAUCAGAUAUUGGCAAAUCGGUUACAACAUCUCUUCCUGAUAAUGUGAUAUUGCAUACCACGAUGGGAGACAUCCAUAUGAGAUUGUAUCCUGAGGAGUGUCCCAAAACAGUGGAGAACUUUACAACACACUGCCGGAAUGGCUAUUAUGAUAAUCUUAUCUUUCAUCGGGUCAUCAAAGGCUUCAUGAUACAAACAGGAGAUCCUCUAGGAGAUGGAACCGGUGGACAGUCUAUUUGGGGAAGAGAGUUUGAAGAUGAAUUUCACAAAAGUUUACGGCAUGACCGGCCUUUCACAGUUUCAAUGGCGAAUGCAGGCCCAAACACAAAUGGGUCUCAGUUUUUUAUCACAACAGUAGCCACUCCUUGGCUGGACAACAAGCACACAGUGUUUGGAAGAGUUGUUAAAGGCAUGGAUGUUGUACAGACAAUUGAGAAAGUGAAGACAGACAAAGCGGAUAAGCCUUAUCAAGAUGUGAAAAUUUUAAAUGUCUCUGUCCCGAAGCCUUGACGUUUGAAUAUCGAGACCAUCUUAUCAACAGCUAAGCUCAGGACUCUCUAUCCCUGCGUAUGUUGUGUUCAGGUUUUUUUUCCAGAUAUUAUGUAUAAGGAACGCCCCGCCCCGCCCCGGCUUCAUUUUAGCCUCCGAAGAUGCGUGGAAAUCUGAAAGGUUCUCUUUUUCUCUUCAGAUGUCUCACCCAAAGAACAGAGUCAUUUUCAUGAACAAGUUUACUUGGUUUUCUAGUCAUCUUCCUCUCCAUAGUUCAUAUCAUUCACUCAUAACCCUCGAGCCCAGAAUUGUAGACUAGAUUAUUAUAAAGGGUUUCAUUUGUUUGUAUUUAUGGGAUGAAGUAGGAUACCAAUGGACUCUCUCUCUCUCUCUCUCUCUGAUAUUUCAUUAUCUAAACUAAUCUUAUGUUAGUUUUUCUU